AAAUUUUAUUUUGUCUAUAGCUGUAUUGUUUAGUCUGUGGUCUAUUUAUUUUUGGAACUGGAAGUCCGUGAAAAUCGAGGAUUUUACGUUUUUGUUUCCUAUAAUGGUGCCAGGAAUUGAAUAAAAUGUCUACGGAUAAUUGCUUGGUGAAAGCGAUAUAUUCUUUUAAGGGUAAAAACAAUGACGAGCUAUGUUUCAAGAAAGGUGAUAUUAUUACUGUUACCCAAAAGGAGGAAGGAGGAUGGUGGGAGGGGACUUUGGGUGAAACUACAGGCUGGUUCCCCAGCAACUAUGUGACUGAGUAUAAAGAUCCUACAGGUUCUGUUACAACUUCACCUAUAAGGGCAGCAUCAGAAAUACAAGCAUUUAGAAAUGUUGUUCUCAAAGAUAUCAUAGAUUCUGAAAAGGCUCAUGUUGCUGAGAUGCAAGGCCUUGUCAGCAAUUUUUUACAACCCUUGGAAAAAAGUGAUAUGCUAACCAGGGAUGAAUUCAGGCAGUUAACUGGUAAUAUAAAUGAGGUGCUACAAGUUCAUGAGCAGUUCCUUGCUUUGUUGGAUGAGUGUGCUACAAAGACUGGCCCUGACCAGAGAGUAGGUGGUCUAUUUUUACAAUGGGCCCCAAAAAUAAAGACUGUUCAUCAAACAUACUGCUCCGGUCAUCCUAAAGCUGUUUGCAUUCUUGAUAAGUACAAGGAAGAGCUAAAUACAUGGAUGGAGGAAGCUGGUGCUGUUUGCCCUGGUGUGCUUGUGUUAACAGCAGGUCUAUCUAAGCCUUUCCGGAGAUUAGGAAAGUAUCCGGCUAUGUUACAAGAACUGGCCAGGCAUGUCCAUGAAGCCCACCCCGAUAGAGGAGACACUCACAGAGCAUCUGUUGUUUACAAGGAUAUUGCUAGUGGUUGUGCGGCGUUACGGCGACAAAAAGAACUGGAGCUUCAAGUGGUCACUGGCGAGGUUCGCGGCUGGCCUGGUGGUGAACUUGCGUCUCUGGGCGACGUGUUACAUAUGGGUAGUGUAGCUGUGGGCCCCUCACAUCAAGACCGCUACCUCGUACUAUUUCCUUCGGCGCUACUUUUACUUUCAGUCAGCAAAAGAGUUUCGGCUUUUGUUUAUGAAGGAUGUCUACCUCUGACUGGUAUCACAGUCUCGAAAUUGGAAGAUACAGAAACCAGAAAAAAUGCAUUUGAAAUAGGUGGUCCGAUGAUAGACACAAUUGUCGCUGUAUGUCAGACAAGAGCUGAGGCUGAUAAUUGGGUGAGCCUGUUGCAAAAGCACUCAAACACCAGCAGCCCUGCUCAUGAGCCUGGCCAGCCGCAAUCUUUACCUCAUCUGACCCGCUCUCCUUCUGAAGGGGCGUUGUCUAGCAUCAACUCUAGUCGCCGCAGCCUUUAUCACGUGACACUACCGCCGCCUAGCUACCCUUCUGCAUCACCUUACUAUUCAUUGACCAAAUACUUCGCGAGGCUCGUUAAGAAAAAAGUUAUCACGAGACAAAUGUUGCGAAAACUUUUACAUGAAAGGACCUGGGCUAAAGCUUUCGAAUUAACUGGGUUGCCUGUGAGAAGGAGACACAAAAAUCAUAUCCGUCUUAAAAUAGAAGAUGAUGGUACAAUAGGUGCAGAUACAGAAUACUCUGAUAGCGAUGAGAGUGAUAAAGAUACAGACGGAACUGAGUCGUAUACGAGCUCAAGUUGUACUGACGCUGAGGCGUUUAACUGCUCCAAGAUAUUAAGGCAAAAUGCCAUGGACAGUCCACGAACAAUAUCGUCAUGUAGCAGCUGGGGUAGCAAUUUCGGUUAUGUACGCUAUUUCGAUAACUCUUCUGAUAUGCAUUUGGGUGAAAAUCCAUCGAUAGCCAGAGUCGACUGUACUCGUAACAUAUUCGAGGGCAUCACUGGCAGCAAACAAAACCACAACACUAUUAACACUAUUGACAGUGGCCAACAAUAUCACCGGGUCUCUAGGGGAGGUACUAAUAAUUUGCAUCCGCUUGCUUUACAUUCCGAAAGUACGGAAAAUUCUAGUUUCGAAGCUAGAACGUACAUGGCCUGCGAAGAUUUAGUUAAUAUGGAUCAAAAUACUCAAAUCGAUAUACUUGGAAGUGAUGAAAAAGAUUUUAUACCAACAAGGAGGAGUUUUCCUAAUAUUAGUGCAAAAAACGAAGCCGUCCCAAAGCUUUGGAAAUCCACGGAAGAGAAUUAUACACAUGAAACAGACGAGUACGACCAAACUUUGCCAUCAGAUGUAUUACAACAUUUAGAUCCACCAGCGUCGCCUAAACUUAAUCAUAGUCCUAUAGAGUCUAUUAUCAUAGAUCCACCACCGAUGUUUAGAAACGAGGAAGAAAACAUGAAGAUCAUCAACGUGAAUCUUAACACUAACGUGCCUUUCCGAAAACAUUCGCUAAACUCUGACAAAAGGUUAAGGCGAUCGAUGUCCAGGUCCAUGGUAGAGACUGAGAAUUACAACAGAAAAGAAGACGCUAGGAAUCAAAGAAUGAGUUCUCAGUCUGAAAACCACAAGUCGCAUAGAAAGUGCGAAUGUUGUAAUAGGUCUGUGUGCCCCAGUCCGCGAUCAUCCGAUUCAGGUGUUGUGGGAAGCUGCAAUCUAGCGUCACCGGAAUUAAACAUGCACGAAUAUCAGGGCUCUGGCAAUACAGGGAACGAAUCAGACGCACAUGACAAAAGUUCAAACCCAUCAAAAUGCUCCUUGACUAAUUUAUCUCAAGGUAGUUUUGAUGCCGAUCAUCGGAAGAAAGUAACUCUGUCAGAAAUAGAAGCUGCUGCCUUUGAGGAUCAAUGCAGAUGUACUUCGCCCUUCGGAUCCACUGCGAGGACGUCUUGUGUCACGAGCGUAACGUCAGAAAAUAGUCUAGACGUCAUGGACUCGUCCAAUAUGAAUGUGACAUCGACGUAUGCCGCGGCACCACUAGUAACAUCGACUCAAAUCAAACGCACGUCCAUAAGGAGAAACAUAGAACGUUAUGUACCAGAGAUCAGGCUAAAACCAGAACCUCCGCCGAGAGUAUACAGAAAGCCAAGCACUCAUUUGGAAAUACCUAAAAAUGUUCGUCAACCGCUGCCGUGCCAGUGGAGUACUCUGAAUAUAACAGAACGAUCAAAGCCUAGCUUGCAUUACCACAUGCGUAUUUAUCGAGAGACUUCUGAUAACGACUAUACUGAAAGGCAAUCCCGAGCUCAAGCGCCUCGGAAUCGCGAUGUAUUUGGCAAAGAAAGUACAAGUGUAGACCCAAAUUAUUCGCAAGUGCGAAAAACGAGAUCACGCAGUGAGGACUUGUCAAAAGUGCAGAAGGGUUUAGCUGAAGCCCAAUCUGGUUUUGUGGUGUAUCGUUCCGAUUUGUACGCACACUGGUGGAUGAAAGCAAAGUUACCCAUUACCGUGGUCACCGACUCAGAUGGCCAUGAGCGACAGCAAUAAUUCUGAUUUAUCUUCUGGUCUAACAAACCACAAAAGAUCCCAUUCAUUCAACAAUCAUCAAAGCUACACACAACAUACGCAACAAACGCAAAAAAA